AGGUGCCCCACAUCCUGGAUCUGAUUGUUUUCUCAUAGUGUUGUUUACUUUGUCUUCCAUCCCCUGUACCUCCUAGAAACUGGAACUUAGGUCUAGGCUUGACUAGAUAAACCUCCCCCAGUCUUCCCAGAGUCGCCUUCUCAAAGUUGUAUAAGACCAACAGUGCGUGAGCACGUGGGUAAUGCUUUAGCACAGGGCUUGGCACACAGCAAAUUUUGGUAGGUAGCAGCUCUUAAUAUCUGUCCCCGUCUUGGCCCCGCCAAUGGCUUGUUCCCAGGAAAUAGCUUCCCUAAGGCUUCUCUUGUCCGUGCCAGGCAGCAGUGGCUUCCACCCAGCUGGGGCUUCUUCCUCUGGGCUUGGACAUUCCCCAUCUUUCUGUCCUCCCACCCCCAGAUAACACAGGCAGUUCCACGUACCGGCCACCCCCUCGGACCCGGGAGGUGAUGAUCAACGGGCAGAUGGUCAAGUUGAAGUACUGCUUCACCUGCAAGAUGUUUCGGCCACCCCGGACCUCACACUGCAGUGUCUGUGACAACUGUGUGGAACGGUUUGACCAUCACUGCCCCUGGGUGGGCAACUGUGUGGGGAGACGGAACUACCGCUUCUUCUACGCGUUUAUUCUCUCCCUCUCGUUCCUGACGGCCUUCAUCUUCGCCUGUGUGGUCACCCACCUGACGCUGCGCUCUCAGGGAAGCAACUUCCUCUCCACUCUGAAGGAGACACCAGCGAGUGUGCUGGAGUUGGUGAUCUGCUUCUUCUCCAUCUGGUCCAUCCUGGGCCUCUCAGGGUUUCAUACUUACCUCGUCGCCUCCAACCUGACAACUAACGAAGACAUCAAAGGCUCGUGGUCCAGCAAGAGGGGCGGUGAGGCUUCCGUCAAUCCCUACAGCCAUAAAAGUGUUAUCACCAACUGCUGUGCUGUGCUCUGCGGCCCCCUACCUCCCAGCCUCAUUGACCGGAGGGGAUUUGUGCAGUCAGACGCCGUGUUGCCCUCGCCCAUCAGAAGCGAUGAGCCAGCCUGCGGAGCCAAGCCUGACGCCAGCAUGGAGGACACCUGUCAGGAUUUUGCCAUCUCCUGCACAGCCUGAGGGGAGCUAACAGGCCUCUUUGCAGAGGGUUAGCUGUGUGUGCGGGGGCUUAAGGACCUCCUGAGGACUGCUGCUCUCUGCCUCUCCAGGAGCGGCCUGAGGGGAGCCCGGCACCCGGCACCUCCACCUGCCUAACCUGUGGCCCACCUGCCACCGUCCGUGCCUACAGGGUCUGCCCCCAAGCCUGCCCCGCCCUUGUGCUCUCCAGAGCCCCCCACAGGGGGCGGGGGCUGGCCUUUCUGCCCCCACCCCCACUCCACGCCAGAGUGUAGAAAGCCAUACCACAGCUGUCAGCACGGUGAUACAAUACGACGCUGAAACUCACCCCCCGUCUCCACUCCCCUUCCCCUUCCCCUUCCCCAGAUUUGUAAGGUGUCGAGACUCUUCAGGAAUCUUGCCUUACAGCCUGCCCCCUCCCAGAGUCAGGCAGAGCCACAGUGGGGCUGAGCAGGUUCCUUCGGGAGCCUCUGGGGUGUUGGUGGUUGAUGACGCUGCCGAACAAGUUUGGUGACUGUUCUAAGCACAACCGGUUUGACACUGUUCCCACGGCCCCCUCCGUCCCCACCACCCCAAGUAGGUGCGAUGCCAGGGGGAUGCUUGUACCCUUUGCUCCGGGCACUGAGGGACCGGGCUGGCUCCACAGCCCGGCGUUCUUCAGAGGAGCUAAUGGAAACUGGGCCGGGCCUAGGAAGUCUGCUGAGCCCACGGCUGGGGGCUGCUUGUUUGCUGUCUGUACCUUUUUUAACCAAAUAAAGGUUUCCCUCUUCUUGCCAUA